AUGGCGAAUGAGAAUGCCCCGUGUGACCUGGAGACUAAAAGAGAGGUUUGGAGGAAACUUUUGGUUUGGAAACAAUUUCUUCCUGCAGCGUCCUGGUGUAUAGGUGGGGAUUUUAAUGCGGUGUGGUCAAGUGCGGAAAGGAGAGGAGAUUCGAUUAGCCCAAGCUACGGAAGAAGGGAGAUGGAGGACUAUAAUCAGUUUAUCUUUCAUAUGGAGCUUGUGGACAUUCCCAUUAUCGGGAAACGGUUCACGUGGUUCAGGCCAAAUGGCAAUUCAAUGAGCCGGCUUGAUAGGUUGCAGGCUUGGAAUAAAGAAGUGUUUGGUGACUUAAAGAAGCAAAAGAAGGUAAUAACUGAGGAGAUGGAAAACAUAGAUAAGAAGAAUGAAGUUGUGGGACUAUCAGAGGUGGAGUCCUUGAGGAGUAAGGAGCUUCUUGGUGACCUUUGCAAGGUAUCUAAGUUGAAUGAGUCAAUCAUGUGCCAGAAGGCUCGCUCUAGAUGGUUGAAGGAGGGGGAUAGAAACACGAAGUUCUUCCACUCUUGCGUGAAUUGGCGAAGACGAACAAACAAUCUGGUGGGCCUCUCAGUGAAUGGUAUAUGGGAAGAGGAACCGGAAAACAUAAGGAGGGAGGUGAAGAUCUUCUUUGAGAGUCGUUUCAAAGAAGUAGAGUGCCCGAGUUUGAAUCUUGAUGGUGUCCCGUUUAGCAGCAUAUCUUGUGAUGAUAAUGCCCUCUUGUGUGAUGCUUUUGAUCCUCGGGAUAUUAAGGCGGCAGUAUGGGAUUGUGAAGGAGACAAGAGUCUGGGCCCGGAUGGAUUUAACUUCAAAUUCAUCAAGGAAUUAUGGCACCUUAUGCAUGGAGAUAUUCAGAGGGUACUCAAUGAAUUUCAUGCUAAUAGUGCCUGGCUGCAUGGGAGCAACUCGUCGUUUGCUUUGAUCCCUAAAUGUGAUUCUCUGCAGGGCUUAAACGAUUAUAGGCUCAUAUCUCUAGUUGGUUGCAUGUACAAAAUAGUGGCAGAGAUGCUUGCAAAUAGGCUCAAGGAGGUGCUUCAUAAGGUCAUUGGGGCAGAAUGUAAGGCCCUAAACUCAUUUUGUACUAUUCAAGUGAAAAAUUGA